ACAUGUAGAUAAUUGUUUGCAUUCUGUGAUAUAGCAAGAGCAGUUUAUGGACUCUUGGUGAUAGCAAUAUGAGAGAUGCCUAGUUAGUUGCGGUUCAUAAAGGCGCUGUAAUUUUUCUUGUGGCAGACGUCAUGUCCAGGAGGGAGCAGGAGGAAGCUGCGUUCCAUGCACUUCGUCCCGCGUGUGUGGCAGUUAGUGAGCAUGCAUUUGAGUCGACUUUGUCCAAUCUGGAAAAUUUGCUGCACUCGAGAACCUGGCCACCAACGCCGCAGCUAGUCGAGUACUGCUUGUUUCCUGUUGUGAAAAAGCUGAAAGAACCCAGGUUGGAUGAAGGUGUUCUCAUUGGCUGCGUAAAAUGCAUCCAUGCAGCAGCAAAGGCGUUCACCGGGGCUUUGCGGCCCAAGGUAUUCCACGAUCUCCACACAACGUUGGUGAUGUUUCUGUCAACAAAGGAAGAUAUGUCCUUGUCUCGUGUCCUGCCUCGGAAGCUAGCGGAAGAAGAGAAGCUUGUGUUGGUUGAAUGCGUUAAGUCUCUCUUUCUCGCAGCUGACAGCGGUGUACGUGAGCUGCUGAGACCUGCACGGCUUCCAGUGAUGGGUCACGUCAUCGCUCUUCUCCUGGACCUGGCGCACAACGAGCGCAGUCGAUCACUGCGCGUUGCCUGCAUGGCGACGCUGGACACACUGUGUCUGACCGUCCGCGGAUUGUCCUCCAGCAUGGAUGAAGCUCUGAGCAACUGCAGCAGCAAUUCUCAUCAGUUUGACGUGAAAAUGUCAUCGGAUGCCAAACUAGACUUUGAAUGUGCAUUCUCGCUGGCUCAUUUCUUACCUGGGAUUGCCAGUACGUUAACCAAGAUCAUGCGAGGGGACGAAAAACAGGGACAGAAAGUAACUCAGGCUGCUAUAUAUACGUGGACGUUGGCAGUUGCGUUUGUGCUCUCAGACAAGAACUUCCCAUCAACAAGCAAUGGAAGCACUUCCCCGGGCACAACUCAACCGAAUGGUUCACAUAAUGGCACCACUGCUGAAGCUGCUGGUCAACAUCGGUUACCUGUAGUGGCAUACAGCACACCGGACUGGUGGCAGAAAGCAGCUGUUCAGGUGAAUACACUGCUGCAACAGCUCACUCCACUGCAGUCCCAUCCACAAUGGAAGGUGCGUUUGUUUGUAGCCCGCUUGGCGUCCACUCUGUUGGAACACUGUAGACGGUCGUUAUCUGCCAGUGUGACCAUUCUGGUUGAAAUGCUAGUAGCGCUGAUAGCUGAUGGCUACUCCCAAGUUGCCCUGGUGGCUCGUACUGCGCUGACACACUUUUCCCAUCAUCUAAACACGGCGUCAGUACCUCUUGUGUCACUGUUGGAGGAUGGCAUGUAUCGCGCUGCCUCUAAUCUACCUUCUGUGAUGACAGCUACUGAUGACCGGAAGAAGCUCUCCUGUACUCUGCUGCUGCAAGGAUACAUCCAAUUGCUUGGUCCCAAGCUUUCAACAAUAUUGUUAUCACCUCGACUAAGUCAACGUCUCUUCCAUGCCCUUCUCAUGGCUCUGGAGAUGGAUACUUCGCACGCAUCGAUAUCGAUCUCGCACUCUCAUGAUACGGAUGGUAACAGUGCAGUUCGCGUUGCCGGUGCUCACCGGCAGCAUAGUCAGCUCACGUUCAGGCAUUUCCGUGACGAGGCGAUCGCCAAGGGUUUGCUGCUAUCAUGCUCACUGCUGGGCUACUACGGUGACCUGAGCAGUGUUGUGGAUUCACUGCUUGACAUUCUUCUACUGCAACCACAUCUACACAAGCAGGUCGUUCUGGUCAUUAACACUGCCGUGUCAGGCGCAGCUGGUGUAGGUCUGGAUUCCGUCUCUGAUUUACAAGAGCAAAGCAGCACGGAAGAUUUUGAACAGCAUGUGCGGUUUCUACUGACUGAGUUCACGCAGCCCAGUGUGUGGCAUGUGCCCACCGAACAGCCACCACUACCCGCAACGCUGCUGGCACCGUCAUCGCACAGCAGCAGCAGCAACACACAUCACCAGAGCCUGGAGUCGCGGCUGCGCAUCGUGCCGGCCACUGCGGCCGCCGCUGACACCAUCCUGACCCGGGACAUGCCAGCGACGGAUCAACACCGCCCUGUGCACCCACUGAGUGCCGAGGCGUUGCGCAGCAAUGUGCUGCUUGUUUGCCUUCUGCUUGACGGCGUGCGCGUGUUUGCGUCUAUUCUUGGCGAGGGCUUCCGGCAAUUUAUACUGCAGUCUCUCUUCCAUGUAUUAGAGAAGGCCGGCUCAGACAACCUUAUGAUACGAGAUGCCGCGUAUGCUUGUCUGCAGGCGAUGGCAACGUCGUGCAAUUACGACUCGGUCAGUCAGCUGAUCGGGUGCAAUGCUGACUACCUACUGAACUUGUGCACUCAGCACCUGCGUGUUCUCAAUCAGUAUGCUGUUGCUACCAGGGUCAUGCGUGAAACACUGGCUAACAGUGAUGAUACACUGCUGCUCCUCUUGAAUGCCUUUCUCGAUGAGGUCCUGUAUGUGCUGGAGCUGAGCACGGGAACUGGGAAAGAUCUUCUGCUCAUUCCCGUGCUGAGAGCAUCGGUGUGUGCCGUACGUCGUUGGAGUGGUGUAGAUACGCUACCCGCCGCCGCUGACUCUGGUGCAGAGGUGCAAGCCAGUACUGAGAAUCUUGCAGGCCAGCUUAAUGACCUAUUCACUUCUUCACAGAGCGAAGGGGACGAGUUGGAGCGCGACCGGGAGCCUGCCAGUAUGGACGAGAUCCGUGAGUUUUUCUUGGACUAUCACCAACAAAAGGGAAAAGAGAAGGAAAAAGAAGAACUGGCUGACGAUGAGCAAGAGGGGAUGGAUGACGGCGAGGACAUUCAAGACGAUAGCCAGCCGAACGAUGCGAAAAAGUUGCCUGAUGCGGAUAACGUUGGCGUCCGGGUACUGAACUAUUGCGUGCACCUGUUGUCAGUGACACAUGUGCACAGUAGCCUGGUGGUUUUGGACACUGUUCAACAAGGCGUGCGUCUGCUGCAACCCAACCAAGAGCAACUGUUGCCUCUUGUACAUCAGCUGUGGUCACCGUUGCUGCAUCGUGUGCGACAUACACACUUACCAAUUGCAAGCAAAGCUGUGGAUCUCAUCGCAGUGCUGGCCAUUGUGGCCGGCGACUUCAUUCGGAAGCGCGUCACCAAUGACAUCAUUCCGAUUUUCACCGCGGUGCUUCAGCAGCCUGUUCCUGCCAAGUACACACAGCUGCACACACUCUUACUUGGUAUCUUUGACUGUCUAGGCACCUUGUCUACCAAGCUGGACUUACCGGAGGAAGAGAUAGUAUCGCUGUCCAACAUGUGUGUAUCCUAUCUAAGCUGCAAAAUGCCAGUCUCAGUUCAGCAGGCUGCUGUCCGUCUGUACAAGCAAUGGGCGCGCUCGCACGGAGACUGCAUAUGGCUGCUUCUUAUCCACUUGUCAAGCAGUGUUUCCUUUCCAACUCCUCCCUCCGAGCUGCUACCACCACUCGAGCCCCUUACCAAAAUUCCCAGCAGUAUUACCCGUGACCUGGACGUGAACGUGACCGAGCUACUCAAGUGCCUUUAGUUCAUGAUUUGCCGAAAGCGCAACACACCACCUAACAAUGCAGCGCCAUUGCUUGCAUCGGUGCAUUCAGCCCGACGUGCUGCGAUCCCACGAGCAUCAGCAGCAAUGGCAGAGACAUUCGCUUCCACCACGUCAAGAUGUGCUACAAGAUCCAUUGUCUGACAUGGCACAUGUGUCAUGGCGGUCAGUAUCUCUGUGGAUCACAAUGAGUAAAGUGUCAAGCCGCUCAACCUACCUCCUUUACGUAUGGUUCUCAUUGGACAGUAACCUGCUGCUGCAGCACGCUACAACCGGCAGGGCUGAUGUUGCCCUGCGGCUGCAUGCCAACUACUGCUGGCGCCCAGAACAUCGAAGAGUUGAUGCCGUACCACUGCAAAGGUGGGCAUUGGCACAAUAUUCAAGUUACGAACCCUGUACUGUACUGAAGGUAUGCAGCUCUGUUCAUCUCGAGUCCCUGCUUGUGCGUCUGCAUCUGUCUGCAAACUUACCUACUAGCACCGCUCAAUAGACUGUAUUGAGUUGCCGUCUAGACCAGGUUGACCAACGUCAUGCAAGGCCGACGGUAUGACCUAAUCACAUGGUUGCAAGGAAGACGGCCGUGGUGUGUCAGUUCUGCUCCAUGCAUACUUCCAACAUACGCGCCAUACUGUUACAUGGGGGAUGAAUGUCAGCUCUAUCAGUAGCUGUGAGUGUGUAACAUCAUGUGUCCGAUAUCCUACAACAUGUUAACCAGAUGCCGCUUUGUACUCAGCACGACUAGUUGACGGUGGAUCUAUUGUGCGCCCGGCUUGGUGCUACAUGCCAAGACGCCGUGCCAAGACCUGGUGACUCUGAGAGCUGUGCUUGGCAUCUUGCAACUGUGCACUUGUAUCAAUAUGACCAAGCUCUCCCUUUCCGAAACCCCCUUUCAGCCUCAUCCCAACCACUACAUGCAAGAGACAUAGUAUUAUAUCUUUGGUAUAAUGCAAAAGAAUAGAAGCGUGUAUCAGCAAGGUCAUGGAAUUUCUAUCCUUUUCCGGAGAUGCAUCAAGUAAUCAACUUCUAGUUUGCACUGAUAUGAACUUGAGCGGUGUUUGUUUUCCGCCCCCUAUCGUGUGAUGUGCUGCUGCUGCUUUGAGCAACUCAUUGCUCUUGAUCAUAGGAAUGCAAGCAAAAUUAAUGCUCUGACUGAAAGAUGUGACAGAGAACUCAUGCUGGUGCUGGUGCUGGUGCUGGUGCUGGGUGUGUACGCACACGACAAAGCAGUCCAAGGCUUGUUUUAGUGACUACAAGUACUUGUUUUUGAUUCUCUUUUUAUUCCCGAGCUACUGAUAGGUUCUGACAAGUUGGUGCUUUCAAGCAGUCCUGACUGUGUUCUCUUGGUAUUAUUGCUUUUAAAAACUUUCGUUUCUAUAAUUCUUUAGCCUUCCCACGCCGUGACCAGCGAGGCGGUAUCACACACCCCUAUGCAAUUCACCUGCUUUUGUUUUGCUGGCCAAAACACUUUGUGCUGAGUACUGGAUUAGUAAAAAGUCACAUGACACGUUGUAUGACAUAAUUGUAUUGCUCUUGUGAAUGUGCAGCAUGACUAUGCUACUAUGCACUGGUGUGCUCGCUUGCACCUCCACAAGUUGUUUUUUUGUCAUUUCUGCUAGAAUCACGACAACAACGGCGUGCUACUGCUGCUGUUGAGAACAGUGACAAGGAAUGGCGCAGAAUAGCAGCACACUCGAAGUGAUGCACCGGGAACGGUUACUUGUAUAAACUCUUUUAUUUUCAUGAUUGUAGUAUAUGUCCCGGUGGUGACAGUGCAUUUUUUCUUCAGACUUUCCCCGUUUGCAUCUGGCCUCAAACCAGUGAAGAGUACAUUAUUAUAGCACGA